UUUUAGGAAAGGCCCUAUGUUAUGGUUAAAGAAGACGCAAAUUUAACGGGUAAUUCCCGUUUUGAAGGAUUUUGUAUUGACCUGUUGAAGGCGAUAGCAGCUCAAGUUGGAUUUCACUAUAAAAUCGAAAUGGUACCCGAUAAUAUGUAUGGUGUUUAUAAUCCAGAAACACAGACAUGGAAUGGCAUUGUUCGUGAAUUAAUGGAAAGACGGGCUGAUUUAGCUGUAGCAUCCAUGACGAUAAAUUACGCUCGAGAAAGCGUUAUAGACUUCACGAAACCUUUUAUGAACCUAGGAAUCGGUAUAUUAUUUAAGGUACCUACCAGCCAGCCUACACGUCUAUUCUCAUUUAUGAACCCGUUGGCUAUGGAGAUAUGGUUAUAUGUUUUAGCUGCUUAUAUUUUAGUUUCAUUUACAUUAUUUGUGAUGGCUCGCUUUUCACCAUACGAAUGGAAUAGCCCACACCCUUGCCUAAAAGAUUCAGAUAUUGUAGAAAAUCAAUUUUCAGUAUCGAACAGUUUUUGGUUCAUAACCGGUACAUUUUUACGCCAAGGUUCCGGACUGAAUCCCAAGAAAUCCGACCGAGCACAAACAAGAUUUUUCUCCUUUAUGAAUCCAUUAGCAGUUGAUAUUUGGAUUUAUAUUGCUUGCGGUUACGUACUGGUGUCACUUACUAUUUGGAUUGUGGCUCGUUUUUCUCCCCUAGAGUGGAUUCCAGCCAAACAACAGACAACAGUAGCUUUAAACGUUCCAAAUGCUUAUGACCAAAGCAUUGAUGAUGCAGAAUCUAAAUUAAAAUUAUUCUAUUUGCACGAGGAUAUAGAGUUAACGCAAAAACACCAUGUAAUAAAUGAGAAUGUAGAAGCCGGUGAUAUCAAAGUGGAGGAAGAUGGAGAUAAAGAUGGUAUUGAAUUAACUUCAAAUAAAUCGGCUGAAAUAUGGUGGCCUGAUAAUCGCCUACAUUUACCAACCUCAUUUCUUAAUAUGGAACAUAAUAACAUAAUAGACUCUGGGAAAUCCACAGAAUUAUUAACUAUCAGUAAUGAUUUUACAUUGAAGAAUUGUUUUUGGUUUGCAAUAGGUGCUCUGAUGCAACAGGGAUCUGAUUUAUAUCCCAGGAAAUGUGCAAAAUAACCGGGAAAAUUGGAAAGGUCUACAUGAAGCGAAAAUUUGAACGGAGACAUGAUCUAGAAGUUAGUUUCAUUGAAAUAGCUAAGAGUCGUAUAAGGUGUCAAAAUGUAUCCCUAAAUGUAAAAACAAUACAAAAUGUUCAUCACCUGAAUCAAUAUAAGGCAUGUGUUCCACCUAAGAAAGUGUUUAUUUCUGUAAAGAAUGUGAAGAACGCAUGGAGUAUCCCAAUAUUACGCAAACAAAGCGGAAUACAACUGGAAAACUAUGUUACAGAUGGAAGUAAGUACAACAUCUUCGGAUCAGAAAGCCGAAGAUUUGUGUGGCGUAAACAAAAUGGCGCUUGUGAAUUAAAAAAAAUCAAAAAGCAAGUGUUAAAUCCGUUGGUGGUAUAGUGAUGGUGUAGGUUAUAAUGUCUGUAGGAUGUUUCGGAAACAUCAUAUUCUUGGAAGGACAAUGUAUAAUAUAAUCAAUUAAAUAUUUUUAACAACUUUUGAAAGCCAAUGCAGUUAAAUUAGGCAUAGCAGACGAUUUUCAGUUCGUUUAUGAUAACAACCCAAACGGUUCGUCGAAAAUUUAAGGUGAAUGGUUACGUGACAACGUAAAAGAAGUACUUCCUACCCUCCUCAGAAUCGAGAGCUAAUCCCAUAAAACACAUAUAGGGAAUUUCACAGAAAAAAAUAAAUUUACGAUUCAGUACAAGAAUUCAUCAAACCAAUGUAAAAUUGCUUAAAAUCGGACGUAUCACGAACAUUUUAUUUUUAGUAAACAGAUUCGCACAGAAUUAACUGAAAACAAGUUAGAGUGCUAUAUUCGGCAAUGCCGAAUCUUAAAUACCCUCCACCAGCAAGCUACUUUUUAUUACAACUCAUUUAACUAUCUAAUUUUUAGAUAACUUGACAAAAUGUUUGUUUCCCUAGUGAGGGUACUAACAUUUAUGCAUAUGUGGAACUAAUUUUGAUUAGGUUCAUAAAAUUCUAUAUUAAUAAGCCAGUUGCAAACAUAUUAAUAUAAUGAUUUAUCUAUACACAAACAUACUCCUGUCGAAUUUUAU